AUGUGAACGUUGAUAGACUAAUCAGUAAUCUGGUAACAUGGUUAAACUUGUUUAUAUUUCUGAUGAACUGAAAAUUGCUGGUGUAUUGUCUUGAUACAAUCAUGUGAUUGUUUUUCUGUACCAUGAGUCACUGUUUGAACACUUCCUCCCUCUUCGGCUUCAGAAACUCACACAGUCAUGUUUAGAGUCGGCUCCUCCUCUCGCCUGGUUGGUUUGGAAUUCCAAAGCUGCACUGUCACGUUUAGCCCUCCUCCCUCCGGUUUUCCACUGCUGGAGGGAGGAGACAGAGGAGGAUUGUAUAAAAGGGGGAGAACACUGGCAGCACACAGAGCACAAACUGUACUGCACAUCCAGAGAGAAAACAGUGAAUCGCUGUGGAUAUAGACCAAACUAUCAAACCUACAGAACUUCAUCCUAACUGGGCCACAAUGGAGACAGAGAAGAAGACUCAGACAGCAGCAGAGCAGAUGACUGACAGAGAUCUGUCAGAACAAAUCAAAAAGGUGACAAAGGAAAGCCACGUCAGGGCAGAAAACACAGAACUGAUGCUGAGUUUCCAGAAGGGACAAGUCACCCUGCAACAGUACAAGCUCCUCCUGUGCUCACUGUAUGAGGUCUACCAGGCCUUGGAGGAAGAGCUGGACAGGAACUCCAACCACCCUGGUGUCGCACCCAUUUAUUUCCCGGCUGAACUGGCCAGGCUGGAGGCCAUCGAGAAAGACCUGGAGUACUUCUAUGGCCAGGACUGGAGAGAGAAGAUUGUUGUCCCCACAGCCACUAAAAGAUACUGCCACAGACUCAGACAAAUUGGUAAAGAAAACCCUGCAUUUCUGGUCGCCCAUGCUUACACCCGGUACUUAGGUGACCUGUCUGGAGGGCAGGUCCUGGGUAGAAUUGCCCAGAAGUCCAUGGGGCUGAAGAGCAGCGAGGGUCUGUCGUUCUUUGCCUUCCCUGGUGUGUCCAGCCCCAACCUGUUCAAACAGCUGUAUCGUAGCCGGAUGAACAGCGUGGAGCUGACGGAGGAGGAGAGGAACGGCGUGCUGGAGGAGGCUGUCAGAGCCUUUGAGUUAAACAUUCAGGUCUUUGAUGAUUUACAGAAGAUGCUAAGUGUCACUGAAAACAAGCUGCAGAAUUGUUCAACACACUCCAGUAACACACCAGCAAAGACACUCCAGAUCCCUGGACCCAUUAUCAAAACUGCGCCACUGCUCAGAAUGGUCCUGGGACUUUUUGUGGCUCUGGCCACAGUCAGUUUAGGAAUCUAUGCUUUUUAGAGAAGAUACACAACAAGAAAUACUAUGUAUUGGUUUGUUGCUGUAAAUUGUAGAUAUUCCCUUCUGUACUGUAAGACUCAUAAAAAAGCUUACCUGAUUAUAAUUUUGUAAGAUUUUACCGGUCUGUAAAUGACAAGAGACUGUGUAAUAUUUUUGUAAUUUGACUGAGAACCACAAUUAUAAUAUAUAUAUUCUAAGUUGAGUGUAAUGAUUUUUGAAUUCUACAAUUUUUCGUCCAACACUGUUAUCCAGUGUGCAUUAAAAUGUGCAAUAUGUGUGCUUAUAAUACUGUGAAUGUUACCUUUUUAAUAAAAUCUUUUGUUAAAAGAGAA